GAGGUGCUGAAGCAAGCUCUCCGUCUUGACAAGGACGCGAAGCUUCUCGUGCUGCUUUCCGACCUGCCAUUCCAGAAAUCUGACUUGAGGCAAGCCUUCGUAGAAGCAUUCUGCGAACAAGCAGACCUUGAGAACUACCACUUCUUGAAGCUUCUCGAGAAGCGACUCCUCGAUCUGACACUGACGUCUGACGAGACCAGCGUGAUCUUGGACGGAGCCCUCAGCCUCCCGAGGCGCGCGAAGCUUCGAGUUCUGCUGUCGGAGCUGCCCUUUGCGGCGUCGCAACUGGUCGAAGCAUCGAUCGAGCCCUUGCUGUCUGCUGCAAAGGCACGCGAUGUGUAUCUCGCAGGCAGUAUCGUCUCACGGCUCUUGAAAGCUGGAGUGGCAGCCAGUCAGACAAGCGGCAUUCUCGAAGCAGCAAGGAAGCUAAACAUGUCUGCCAAGCUUGUCAUUCUGUUGUCUCCUCUGCCCUUUCGCUCCGAUGAUUUGGUGGAGGCUCUGCGAAAUCCCUUACUCUCAGCCGCUGAUGCAGGGGCCGUGAAGGUCGUGCAGAGCAUCAUCGAACGGCUCCUGCGGGCCAACAUGGAAGCGGCUCAGACAACUGGCAUCCUGGAAGAAGCUGUCAAGCUCAAGCCAUCUGCCCGGCUUAUCUUGCUGCUCUCCGAUCUGCCAUUCGUGGCGUCGCCUUCUUUGCAGCAUUUCCUGACUCGGCUUCUCCUCAUGUUUUCGAAGCAGCAUGGUGCUGAGACAUUUGCGAUUGUGAAGCUGAUUGGAACCAAGCUCUCAGCAUGCGGGAUGAAGAAGGCUGAUGCUGAUUCCAUCCUCCGUUCUGGGAUCAUCUCAGGAACCUCUGCGCAGCUUCGAGUUUUGACCAGUGGGCUUCCCUUUCAUUCCGGCACUGUGAGGAGACUGGUUCCAGAACUGGCGUCGAGCCUGGUUGAAGCAGCAGCGAGAAAGGACACGGAGCUAGUGGAAGAGGCCGAAAGAGUGCUCCGACACCGCGGUAUUCGAGCCUCGCAUACGAGUUCCUUCUUGGAGAGGGCGUGCCACGCAAGAUGCUAUAGCUUCAUUGUGCACUCGACCCUGCCCUUUGAGCCAAGAGUAUUAACAUCGAGCCUGGCAGAAGCAUACUUGCGAGAGCUCGUUGAAGGGACACAUUCUGAGAAUGAGUUCGUUCAGAGGUAUUGCUCCGCGACUGAAAUCGAGAUGGCUCUCAGCCGGGCAGGGGCAAAUCAAGUUGCAUUUCUUGCCUGCGUGCUGCUCUUGGCUGCGGACACGCUGCCUCCCGACGCACCUGUGAUCAGACACUUGCUGGAGCGGCUGGUCCACAUCGGGAUCGCCAUGCCAGAAGCAGACUAUUUGAUGGACAGGAUCAGGCCGGAGCUCAGUAGGCUUCUGAGCCGGAGUGCGAUGCCUUUCUCCGAGGCAGCCUUGGCCCGAACCUCUGCGCAGCUUCGAGUGUUGACCUGUGGGCUUCCCUUUCAUUCCGGCACUGUGAGGAGACUGGUUCCAGAACUGGCGUCGAGCCUGGUGGAAGCAGCAGCGAGGAACGACACGGAGCUAGUGGAAGAGGCCGAAAGAGUGCUCCGACACCGCGGUAUACGGGCCUCGCAUACGAGUUCCUUCUUGAUGAGGGCGUGCCACGCAAGAUGCUAUAGCUUCAUUGUGCACUCGACCCUGCCCUUUGAGCCAAGAGUAUUAACAUCGAGCCUGGCAGAAGCAUACUUGCAAGAGCUUGUUGAGAAAGCAGAUGCAUACUGGCAAAUUGAGCCGCAUUGGCUUGUUGAGUCUGACAUCGAGCUCGCUUUCAUCCGGGCAGGGGCAAAUCAAGUUGCAUUUCUUGCCUGCGUGCUGCUCUUGGCUGCGGACACGCUGCCUCCCGACGCACCUGUGAUCAGACACUUGCUGGAGCGGCUGGUCCACAUCGGGAUCGCCACGCCAGAAGCCGACUAUUUGAUGGACAGGAUCAGGCCGGAGCUCAGUAGGCUUCUGAGCCGGAGUGCGAUGGCCUUCUCCAAGGCAGCCUUGGCCCGUGCUGGAAUUAACCACGUGAAGUACCGCCGAGGGCCAGAGAACUGCUGGCGCCAGGGCAUCGAAAGCACCAACGCUGCUGAACUAAAAGAAAGCAUCAUGUAUUUCGUUGGAUGUGCUCAUGCAGUCUUUGCCUCCUGUCCUUCCCUGUCAAGUGCCACUGGCCACUCCUGGGCAUCUAGGCCCGAGCCGCGUCCUUGGAGUUUCCUUUGCCCCAAAGCCAUGAGCUUUCCGAUAGAAGAGGUGGCUUUCAACGUGCUGCGGGCGGCGAAGCCGGAGGGUGCACCGAUCUUCCAUGGCUGGAGUGGCCAGCCACUACGUGUGCCCCCCGAGGAGUAUCAAAGGAGACUUCAAGCUGUCAAAGAGUUCAUGGAUUCAGAUGGCAUCAGCUUGUUGGUGGUCGUUCAGCCCGAAGACCUCUACUACCUCACGGGCUUGUACACCAUCGGAGACUCGGCCCCACAAGCACUGAUCUUGCCAAAGGAUGCGGACCCUUUCCUGAUUGCCCGGCUCAUUGAGUUCGACUUGGUCCCGAAGCUGUCCUGGGUGGCCGAGGCUUUCACAUGUCCGGAUAGUGCCAGCAUCCAUGACGUCUUCUGCCAUGCGGUUUCGAAGUACCUUGAACCGAAGUGCUGUGUUGGCCUGCAGUUGGCUUCCAUCUCAGCCGCCCACUACAUCCGGCUCCGCAGCUUCUUCGACGCUGCCGGUGCGGAGUGUGUGGAUGCCAGCAAGACGGUGGAAAAGGCUCGUCUUCAGAAGUUCGAGUUCGAGCAAGAGUGUAUCCGGGCAGCUUCCGCCAUGUCAGAGUCAGCCUUGGCUGCAGCCUUAAACGCGGUGAAGCCCGGGAAGCUCUUGAGCGAUCUUCACGCCACGGCCUACAGCGAGCUGAUCCGCGCUGGCAGUGAGGUUCCCGGCUACGUCCCCAUCGUGCGCUCCACGGACCCGUCUGGCCAUGGCUCCUGGAUGCCAGCAGAAGAAGUCCGUCCUGGAAACCUGGUCUUCCUGGAGCACUCGGCCUGCAAGUUCGGCCAUCACGCUCCCCUCAUGCGCACGGCCUUCGUGCUGAACGAAGGCGAGGCAUCACCACCGGCGUGGCUGCUAGAG